AACUCUGCUCUGCGUGGACUCUACAGUGCUGUCACUGAAAGAUGGCGGCUCGAGUCCUUCAGAAGGGUGCCAAUGGCCUGAAUCAGGUUAAAAACAAGGCCCGGACGAAAGGACAGGUCAUUGAUGUGAUCAGGACUUUGUCAGUAUCUAGUAAUAAACAACGAGAAGACAGCUGGUUUAAGUCGCUGUUUGUGCGCAAAGUUGAUCCCCGAAAGGAUGCACACUCUAAUCUACUUGCCAAGAAGGAGGACAGUAACUUAUAUAAAAUUCAGUUUCACAAUGUGAAACCUGAGUGCCUGGAGGCAUACAACCAACUCUGUGAGGAGGUUUUGCCAUCCAUUCAUGCUGAUAAGUACUACCCAUGUGAACUAGUGGGAACUUGGAAUACCUGGUAUGGAGAGCAGGAUCAGGCUGUUCACCUGUGGCGAUACCGGGGAGGCUAUCCAGCCCUAACUGAAGUGAUGAACAAACUAAAAAAUAACAAGGAGUUCAUGGAGUACAGACAGGAGAGAGGGAAGAUGCUGCUCUCCCGCAGGAACCAGCUGCUGUUGGAGUUCAGCUUCUGGAAUGAGCCCGUCCCCAGAGAUGGGCCCAAUAUCUACGAGCUCAGGUCCUACCAGUUAAGACCCGGGACCAUGAUUGAGUGGGGUAAUUACUGGGCUCGAGCUAUUGGAUACCGUCAACACAACCAGGAAGCAGUGGGCGGCUUCUUCUCUCAAAUUGGAAAUCUCUACAUGGUGCAUCAUUUGUGGGCCUACAAAGAUCUGCUGACUCGAGAGAACACCAGGAACGCUGCCUGGCACAAGGAGGGAUGGGAUGAGGUUGUGUACUACACAGUUCCUCUGAUUCAGCACAUGGAUUCCAGGAUAAUGAUUCCCAUGAAGGCAUCCCCAAUGCAGUAAUCUCUAACAGCCUUCCGAAAGCUUGAGUCUGGACCAGUUAGGAAUUUUCACUGCCGUCAGUCUCUGCUCCUCUUCAACCGCCAACCAAUAUCAGCAUCUUUCGUUCUAAAUUUAUUUUGUCCAAUUUAUUUUGUGCACCAGCAAACUGAAGUUUGUACUGAAAGGUACCCAUCUAAUGGAACAUUGCCCCACCCCACCCCAUGCAACACACACACCUUUCCACCCACUCUGCACCACAUACACACAAACAAGAAGUUCAUGUCCUUAUUGUAAACGUGCUUCUGAAAGUCUGUGGACCUUGUUAGCCUGAGUAUUAAAACCUCCUGAUGUGAUUCUUGACACACUGUGUCCAAUUAAAUCUGGUCAGUAGGUCAGAGGUCAUCUAUUUAUGGCACAAACCAAAGUACUGCUUAACAGCGGCAUUCUGCGCAUACAAGUUGCCUAGGAAUUGCGUGGAUAACAUUGCUUUAUCAAACAAUAUUUCUCCCGGUGCACUUCUGAAAGGUGCUUAAUAGCCAGAGCAGUGACCUAAGUUAUUUAUGUAUUUAUUUCAUAUGUAUUUAUGACAUGUAAUGUCAUGAGAUGUAAUUACAUUUUCUCAAUGAAGUUUUCUCGACUUGGCACGUGAGAGGAGUGUGGCAGAUGAGGCAGGCCAUUAGGAAAAACUGGGUAACACUGGUUAUCCUUAAAUAGCCUCGUGUCUAAAGACACUGCUGUAUAUAGAAAUUAUCUGUUUAUAGAUUACAUUAUUGAAUUAAAUGGCUUUUCAACACACUGACCAGAAUUAGAACAACAAUAUGUUGUUGAUUGUUACAAAUCAGAAGCACUGGUGGAAAUUGAAAUGCAAGAGGUAAGAAAGAUAAGUCAUUCAGGUCCACAUAUACUCAGAACGACACCCAGAUGUCCACUCCCACUAUUCUUGUUUUUCAGAACUCAUUAAUAAUGUAACUCUGUGGAUGAACAAGUGACUUUGACUUCAUUUUUAAAUUAAAAGCUUACAUAGUCCUCUUGAGAGACUUUUCUGUCUUAAUUGCUGUUUCAGGGUAUUGAUUAUGUUGUCGAGAUUGUAUGUUUCGUUUCAGCACAGGUGUCAGUGUUCAUUUCCAUUUGCUUUUACUGUUACCAGAUUGAAAACUGUAAUCCAGAUUUAAGCUGUCAAAUGAUCAGGUGGUUGUUGAGUGUAAUGGUGGCAUGCCUCAAUAUGUUUUUAAAUCUAGGAAUUGCAACGUGACAAACGUCAGCACAAACCAUAUGUACAUGUACUAGUGUGAUUGUACAAUAAACCUUCAAUGGUACAAUAUA